GUGGCUCCAGUGACAGACAUGGCCAUGGCCCUGAGGGGACCCUACCCUUUGCUCUUCCUGACCCUUGUCCUGCUGGUAACCUGCCUGGCCCAGAUCAUCAGACCACCAGACAGCUACCAAAACUUUGUGAGCGAACACGUUGAUUUCCCCAAGACCAGACCCCCAAAGGGCCAGAGCUACUGCGACCACAUCAUGCGGCUCCUGAGCCAGAACAUGGCUGCCUGCAAACUCACCCACACCUUCAUCCACGCCCCCGCCAACCGGCUCCGGGCCAUCUGCACCAGCAGAGGGAGAUGCAACCAAUACAAUGAAUGUAACAGCAACACAGCCUACCCUGUCACCACCUGCUGGCUGGACAGCCCUCCCCGCCCACCGAGCUGUGUCUACAGGGGAAUACCCCAGACCCGCAGGAUCCGCGUGGUCUGUAACUGGGGGUUGCCUGUGCGCUUCCUCAGAGUCCUGUAG